UGGGGCCCACAGGCAAUAGGGGAUCAUGGGGCCCCUGUGUCCUUGCCCAAACUCAAAAAAGCCUAUGAAAAAGGUACCAGGGGCAUCUCACGGGGCCCCCUACUGACUCCGGGUCCUCGGGCAGUGCUCGAGUUUCCAAAUGGUCAGUCCGGCCCUGAAUUACUUAUGCAUUCUAGCUUGAUAUGUAUUUGUGUUUUUUGGGUUCUUGAUUAAUGUGUAUUUGUGUAGUUCUAAGUAGAUGUAGUUGUUUUAGGUUUUGUUUUUUUUUUUUUUUUGGCAUAUUGUUGUUAGUUUUUUUUGGUUUUUUUAGAUUUU